AUGGACGAAGUUCUCAAAUCCCGCAAGAUGAGUUCUGCUUCCGCCCGGAGACGGAAGUUUCAAGAACGCCAACAACUGCAAGCCAUGGAAGUCGAAAGACGGCAACAACACAAGAGGAGGGUCAUGAUGUAUGAUCAUAUGGCCGAACAUGUCCACGAGCAGGAUAGUGGCUCUAACGACGAAAACGACGAACAUUACGAUCGAGAGUCGUCUGUCGACACUCCGUCAGAACGAAGCGUUCUAACUCCCGACGAGUCACUCUCCAGCAGAGCUAUCUUUGGCAAACAACAUCAGGUCGAUACCUCUUCCAUCACACCUCUCAAACUCCACAUCCCCGAAGAGGUGGAAGGCCUUGAAAUGGACUUGGACGACAACGGCGUCAAGGUGCCUCCGUCACCAAGCCCUGUUCGUCUACAAGCCUCACUUGCAACCCUCUCAGACUUUCGAUAUGAUCGAUUUUCCAUCUUAUUAGAGUCUCCUAUAUCAGAUCUCAUGAGUCCAGAUCUUGACACUGACGAAACCUUUUCACCCAUCGAGACUGCCACACCCAUCGCAUACCAAUUACCCAAAGGACGGCCAUCUUUGAUCUCUAUCUCAACGAGCGAUUCAACACGAAGUAAGCGGAGAACGCCAUCAACCCAGAGUCCUCUCUCGCAGACCAUGUCACACAACCUUGAACGACCUUCCAAACGACUAUCUACAACCAGCUCUCACGGCGGAUUCCCUGCAGCCGAAGCGACAUUGUUUGACGUUCCCGACUUACCUGCAAAUGCUUUUCAAUUGAUUGCCAAUGCGAGCCAGGAAUCACUACCUCUGUCCUUGAGUCAACCCAAAACCCGGGCUGAGCGGAAAUCAAGUGUUCCUCGGCUUUCGACGGCAAUCAGUCACGCGCGGGUCAGCAGUAUCAAAAGCUUGGUCAAGACACCUACAUCUGCAACCCAUGCCAGAUCCUUUUCGCGCAACUCGGGUCAUGCAAGCCGACCUUCCACAGCCAGUAUAUCCGGAUUCGAUGGAUAUGCCUUGAAGAAUACCGCCUCCAGCAGCAGUAUCACAAACUUAUCACAGAUGCAACGACCUCCUACCUCGAUGAGCAUGAGAUCCGUUGGUUCCAAUUCUAGCCACCACCCUAUGACGGCUUUGCCCUCCCUCCCCACUCCUCCAGCGGAUGAUGUUGUGAGUGAUCCUGUAGCCAAGUCCAUGUCGAGGAAGAAGUCCUUCUCCGCCCUCCGCAGAAGGAGCGAGAGCAUAGGACAAGCAAUCAAGGGACUAGGGAAAAUCACGACAAAACACGAUGUGCCGAUGCCCACUCCAGCAAUGAUGACACCGAAGAUGCCCAACAAAAGUCGAAUCGAUUUAUCCAGUUUUCCCACACCACCACUACCUUCGCCUAGGACUGGCAAGAGCAAUACAAAUUCAUAUAUCUCACCCAUGGACAGAAAUAGCAGUGGGCCCAUCGGACUAGGUUUGAGAAGCAUUGAAGGCUUCUGGCAGAAAUAA